AUGUCGAUAAAGCUUGCGGGAACCGCCCUCCGGGAGCUGCGCAUCCAUUUGUGCCAAACGAGCUCUGCCUCGGCAGGAGUUCGAGCUUUCAUCGAACAAGAUUACGUCGGGUUGAAAAAGGCCAACCCGCAGUUCCCGAUUCUUAUCCGGGAAGCUUCCGGUAUUGUUCCGAGGUUUGUCAUUUUCCAUUUAGUCGUGUAUUUCUCACUUGUCACGUUUUUGAAUGGUUUUUAGAUUUUUUUUAACUAUUCAAGUUUAGAUUUUCUGAAGUUUAGGUUAGCUGUAGUUGAAAAGUUGAAAGAAAACCUAUAUUUCCGAUUUUUUCCUCAAGGUUUUGGCUCUUAUUAUUGAAUUUUCCCUCGUACAAUAACUUUUAAGAUAAUUAUCUUCUCAAAAAGAAGAAUUUCUGAACUUCCAAGAACUCCAUUAAAUCUGUAAAAUUCGAUUUUCUUUGUAGAUCAUGCUCCUAUUUUUUUCUAGGUGAAAAUUCCCACUUUUUUUUUUAAAAGAUCCUAUUUUCUUCUAGAUUUAUCAGUGGAAAAUCGAUAACAUCUGCUUUUUCAUGAUUUAUUAUGUAAAUUCGUCUAUUUUAUACUCAAGAUUUCAUCUAUUCUCUUUUUAAAUACCUCAAAAUUCAGGAAAUUGUUGCUUUUUUUCCUACAUCAAAAUUUACCAUUUUUUAAAGAAAAUUCAAUAUUUUUGUGUCGAUUUCCUGUUUGAAACUGAAUUUUUGAGUCUAGCACUUUUUUAGACGUUUCCUAAGCCUAGCUACUUAUUUUUCAGUUAUCUCAAAAUCAUCUUUUUUUCUUUAAAAAAAAUGGAUAAUUUCCUGUUUUUUUCUUACGUUUCUAUGAGUCAUUUUUUUGAUAUUUUGUGAAAAUAUGUCUUUUUUUCACAAUUUAUUGGUUUUCUAUUACAAAUUAAGGUUUUUUUCAUCAUAACUUAUUGAUUUUUUUCAUCAAAAAAAUUAUUAAUUUUUUUCAGGACAAGUUAUUGAUUUUUUUCAUCAAAAUUUAUCGAUUUUUUUCAUCAAAAUUUAUCGAUUUUUUUCAUCAGAAUUUAUCCAUUUUUUUCAUAAGAAUUUAUCGAUUUUUUUCAUAAGAAUUCAUCUAUUUUUUUCAUCGUAAUUCAUUGAUUUUUUUCAUCAAAAAAAUUAUUGAUUUUUCCAUGAGAAUUUAUCGAUUUUUUUCAUAAGAAUUUAUCAAUUUUCCAUCACAAUUUUGUGAUUUUUCAUAAAAAUUCAUCGAUUUUUCGUUAAAAAUCAUCAAUGGUUAUCACUAUUUUUUUCGAUUUUUCCAUCACAAAUUAUGGUUUUUUUCAUCAUGAUUUAUCAAUUAUUCAUCACAUUUUAUUGAUUUUUUUCAUCAAAAAUUUUUUUGAUUUUUUUCAUCAGAAUUUAUCGAUUUUUUUCAUCACAAAUUAAUGAUUUUUUUCAUCCCAAAUUGAUGAUUUUUCCAUCAAAAAAAUUAGGGGGUUUCCAUCAAAAUGCAUUGAUUUCCAUCACAAUUUAUCAUUUUUUUCCAUAAAAUAUUCAAUAAUAUCAAUCGAUUUCCAGAGUUUUUCGCUCGUUACGAACACGGCGUCGAACGGGUGGCCUCUCUGGAAGAUUUCUCGCGGGAAAAAGUCGGCUCGGCCAUUUCCCAACUCGCCUCCCACGUUUAA